UGUUACCUACGAUUCUGAGUCACUUUCCGGCUGGCAGCUCGACCAAAACGUUGGUGCACUACAUGCAGGAAAUCCAGUCGGGUAAAUUUCGCCAAUACGAUUACGGGCCCGAGAAGAAUCAGUUGAUCUACAAUGCAAUGCAACCACCGGAAUACUAUUUAGCAAACAUCACCGUGCCGAUUGCGUUAUUCUACGCCGACAACGAUUGGUUGUCCAGUAGUCAGGACGUGAAGAAACUUCAUAGCAUAUUACCCAAUGUUUUGGACUUGUGCAGGGUACCGUUUCCUAACUUCAAUCAUCUUGAUUACAUUUGGGGCAAAGACGCGCCUGAGCUCGU